GGCGGGAUUUACAGGAGUGACGCAAGACAUGAUUUCUGCGUAGUGCUCGCGCUUGCUAGUGGAAAAGCUAACGAAGAUGGCAGAAGACGACUGUACAUUCGUCAGAUGGACGUAUGCGCAUUACUUCGAGUUUGUCAGAGAUAAGGACAAGAAGAACGUAAUAGUCAAAUGCAACCUUUGUGUAAAACCGAAAGAACUGUCGACGUCGCGAAAUAGUACUAGCAAUUUAAAAAAACAUCUCGAACGGUGCCAUGCGACCACUACACUUUCUGAGAAGAGAAAAAUAGCGGAGGAUGAGAGAGAUAAGCCAAAGCAGCAGAAAUUAAAUUUCUCUCGGCCUGCCAUCAUACCUCUUGAACCUCGAGAAGUCAGAAGACUUGUGGCAGAGUAUGUCGUCGAAGACAUGUUACCAUUGUCUACGGUGGAAUCUCCUGCUUUCAAGAAGUUAGUUAGCAAGAUCCCUGUGACCACCAACGACAAGCAUGUACUGCCAUGCAGAACAACAUUUGCCAAAGAACUGGAUAGGACCUAUACUGUCAUGGAAAAAGAGCUGAAGAAAACAAUUGAUGAGCAGCAGUACGUGUCAACAACUGCAGACAUAUGGACUGCCAACAACAGGAGUUUUUUGGGGGUGACGGUCCAUUGGAUCGAUUCAGAGACGUUGCAACGGAAGAAGGCUGCGAUCGCUUGUCGUAGGUUCAGAGGUAGACACACUUAUGACGCUAUUGCAUCUGAACUUGAGGAUAUUUUUCCCCAGUAUGGAUUAACUACUGAAAAAGUGACUGCAUGUGUGACAGACAAUGGCAGCAACUUUGUUAAAGCUUUUAAGGAAUACCAACAAGUCGAAACUGAGGAUGAUGAAGAAGAGGAGGUGGAGGAAGAUGAUGAUGGGAAAGUGGCCUUCACUGACCUCCACACCAUUCUCACUGAAGGAGACAAUGAGAAUGCACAGCAAGGACUGUGUGUGCUGCCUGCACAUCAUAAAUGUGCAGCUCACACACUCAACCUCAUUGCCAACAAUGAGGUUCAUAAAUGGUUGGUAUCAAACCCAGAAUCCAGGACUGUUUACCGCAGUUCCACAGCUAAGUGUUCAGCACUAUGGACCAAAGUUAGCCGGUCCACAGUUGCAUCUGAAUGCCUAGAAGAGAUCAGUGAAAGGAAGUUGAUUGUGCCCUCAGUAACCCGGUGGAACUCAUUUUAUGAUGCCUAUGUUCGGAUCAUAGAAAUGCCACUAACUGACAUUAACAAUUUAUGCACACAGAUUCAGAUUAAAUGUAUGAAUGACAGGGAAUACCAGUUUCUGAAGGAAUACUGCUCCAUUAUGAAGCCUUUCUGUGUUGCACUGGACAUCCUACAGGGUGAGGAAACCUGUUUUUAUGGGACACUUCAACCAACACUUGAAGUUCUAAUGGCCAAAACUUUAGCAAUGCAAAAUGGCCUUUCACAGAUGAUCACUGGGUUGCCUGAAAUAAUUGUGGGAGCAAUUAAAACUCGCUUUGCCACAACAAUUGACUCCAAGAAUGCCCUUCUAGCUGCCGUCUCGCUGCCCAAAUUUAAACUUCGCUGGGUAAAAGAGGAAACCAGAAGAGAUCACAUCAAGCACCUUCUCACCACUGAGUGCCGCACCCUAACAGUUGAAGAGCCUGCCACCCCAAUGAGUGAUGCUGCUCAACCUGCUGCAGUCACCUCCUGUGAAGAUGACUUCUUUUCAUUUGAUGAAAAUAUAAUGCACCAACACCAUCCAGUGCACCAGUAGAAAGACUUUUCAGUCUUGGGAGUCUGGUACUCACCCCAAAACGCAACCGUCUUGGUGAUGAACGCUUUCAGCGCCUUGUUCUGAUGCGCUUCAACAGAUCUUUCAGUCAAGUGGGUAUAAUGGAAUAGGCUAGCCCCCACCAUACCUUGAAUCACGGCUUCAGAUUCCCUGUACUUUCAUUGUUUAGCGUCACGCUACCUCUGUUUUAUUUUAGGCAGGAAACAGAACUUUUUGAAUCAAAUUUUCCUGUUGGAAAUGUCCAUUACUGAACUUUUCUUGUGGGCCUUUUUUUCUUGUAUAACUUCCUUUUUUUGAGUAUGACUAUAUUUUCUGUUAGGCCCGUAGGCCCAAGCACUUUAAUUUAAUUUUUGUAUUCUCGAAAAAUGUCUAGUCCUAUAGUUUCAUAGAUCCAAUUGUAAACUGGUCAUUGUAGCAAGUGGAUUUGUUUUAACCUGCCUCUAUUUGGUAGCCUGUUUUGUUUUAGUCUUUUUAGAGGAAUAGGCCUAAGGGUCUCUAUUUUUGUUCUGUGUUGUCUUACUAAAAAGUUAGGCUAUGUUUAGCCUAUAUGUGCGUUUCUAUGGACUGAAAGACUGAGGGUUGGCCCUCCAAGUGCACUUUAUACUUCCUGAAAAAGGAUAAGGUUUGUUCAUCAUGUGCACUUUGUUCAUGACAGUUGUGUGUUCUGAACCUCUUGAAUAAAAAAAUAAAAAUAAAGAACAAAUCUUGUCAUGACAUUAGAGUUUACAUACAAUUCUGUUGUGUCUAAUAUUAAUAUAGCCAAGCUAUUCAUGGAAAUUACCAGAUAAUCACUUUACCUCUACCAUACUUUUAAUAGACUUAGAUAAUUUGUGAUUUUGUAUGUCAUCCUUUCUUGUCUUGAGACUUCACUUUGCCAAUUAUAUGUUAUAUUGUUAGUAGCCUGGAUAGCCCACAGUCAU